CUAUGUCUAUUCGGUUGACCUUUGAAAUAUUACUCAGCUCUGAAAACAUUAAACACAAUUUACUUUUAGUCCACAACCAGCAUCCGAAAGUGAGUUUAAGAAAUUCAAAAAUAUGAAUUCCGAUACUUCGUUGAAGGCUGAGGAGUCCAGCCAGAUAUUUAUGUAUCUGAAGAACCUAUUGUUGUGGCGCGAUUGCCGAAAGACUUUGAUGGUCUUUACGGGCAUCCUGCUCCUCCUGCUGGAUGUAAUGGUCCACUCGGUGAUCAGUGUAAUAAGCAUGGCAGGGAUCACAGUUCUCCUGGCAGCUAUUGGUUAUCGCCUUCUGAUGCAGUUCUGGAGGAUCUGGAAGAAGGAUGGGAACAAAGAUCAUAUCUCAAGUUUUUAUCCUCACGUGAAGAUAGACAUUCCCCGGGAGGAGAUUCUUCAUCUGGCCGGGAAAGCAGUUUUCCAUCUGAGUUCAAUUUUAAACCGUAUGAUUGAACUGUUGCUGGUGGAAAAGUGGGAGGAUUCCUUGAAGUUCCUAGUUUUGCUUUGCGGCAUCAAUUUGCUGGGAGAUUGUUUCAACGGAUUGACUUUGCUUAUUUUUGGACACGUGUUUAUUUUUACCCUACCAAAACUGUACGAGUCGUAUAAGCCACUUGUUGAUGUCCAGAUCCGGAAAUUGCGGAAUUGCAAGAAUGAUAAAUCGAAUAUAGUCGAAGCUAAAGCUGAAAAAACGGAUUGUAUUCAGAAAGAAUAUCCAUCGGAGUCACCAUAUGAGGGUCAGGAAUCCACGGAAGGCAAAAUGCUAUAUAAAGUAUGCGAUAAUGAGCAACUUCUAAGUCUCCUGGAGGAGGAGCACCGCAAAGGAUGUCGUUGUCGUGAUUGCGAGCACCGGGAUUUGCCUAUUGAGGCACACUGAACUAUGUACAUAUGUGCAUCGAAAAAUGAACAAACCUUCUCUGAUGUUAUUGUUCAUUGUGGAAAUAUAUAUUAUAUUAUUCUAUA